UGACUAUUCACGCUCACCACGUGAAGUCUCCCUCACGUUUAUCUCAUUUCGUCGUGGAAAUUACCAAAAUUUUCUACCGACGCCAAUUCAAACUUCUCCCAGUAUAUAUGUAAUUCCACAAAAAAAAAAAAAAAAAACACAGAAACACAGAGCAGGAAUUAAACCUAAUUUGAAGUCCGGCCCUGUGCUUCCGAUGAUGGAAGGAGCGGAGGCGAUAACAUAGGAGGAGGAAUCCGACGCAAUCACAAUCUCCAAUCUCCACUACCAGUCGCCCGUUGAUGGGCCAGACGGCUUCUUCUACUGCUUCUCUCCCCACCAAUCACAGCCAUCGGUCCAUUCUUCGAUCGACGGCCUCGAUCUCUCCGAUGCUCGCCGAAGAAGACGACCUCAUUGACGAUGCAGCCUCCGACGACGACGAUUACAUCUCCAACCUGCCCGACGAGUGCUUGGCUUGCGUUUUCCAGUCCCUCGGAUCCGCCGACAGGAAACGGUGCUCUCUCGUCUGCAGCCGUUGGCUCCGAGUCGAGGGGCAGAGCCGCCAUCGUCUCUCUCUCAACGCUCAGUCCGAUCUGCUCUCGCUGGUCCCAUCUCUGUUCUCUAGAUUCGAUGCGGUCACGAAACUCGCUCUCAAAUGCGACCGGAGAUCCAUCAGCAUCGGCGACGAGGCUCUCAUUCUUAUCUCCCUUCGUUGCCGGAACCUCACUCGCUUGAAGCUUCGUGCUUGCCGAGAACUGACCGACGCCGGUAUGGCGGUUUUCGCUAACAAUUGCAAGGGCUUGAAGAAGCUCUCGUGCGGAUCGUGCACGUUUGGUUCCAAAGGCAUGAACGCCGUGCUCGAUAAUUGCUCGUCCCUUGAGGAGUUGUCGGUGAAGCGGCUACGAGGCAUUACGGACGGAACAGUAUCGGAGCCGAUCAGGCCUGGCGUGGCCGCAUCAUCUCUCAAAACCAUUUGCUUAAAGGAGCUUUACAAUGGUCAGUGUUUUGGUCCCCUUAUAAUCGGUUCGAAAAAUUUGCGGACGCUAAAACUUUUCAGGUGCUCCGGGGAUUGGGAUAAGCUUCUGGAGGUAAUCGCGGAUCGAGUCACGGGUAUGGUUGAAAUUCAUCUCGAGAGGCUUCGGGUUAGCGAUAUCGGCCUUGCAGCAAUAUCUAAUUGUUUGAAUCUUGAAAUCCUGCACCUUGUGAAGACCCCCGACUGCACAAACGUUGGGCUUAAGUCAGUCGCCAAAAACUGCAAUCUUAUAAGGAGGCUUCACAUUGAUGGAUGGAAGACAAAUUGGAUAAGCGAUGAUGGUCUAAUAGCUGUCGCUAAACACUGCCCUAAUCUUCAGGAGCUGGUUCUCAUUGGUGUAAAUCCUACGAGAUUAAGUCUAGAGUUACUGGCCACGAAUUGCCAAAAUCUAGAGCGGUUGGCAUUGUGUGGAAGUGAGACUGUAGGCGAUGAUGAGAUUUCUUGCAUUGCUGCCAAAUGCAUUGCAUUGAAGAAGCUCUGUAUCAAGAAUUGUCCGGUGUCAGAUCAUGGUAUGGAAGCACUUGCAGGUGGUUGCCCUAAUUUGAUAAAGGUGAAGGUGAAGAAGUGCAGAUUAGUGACCUGUGAGGGUGCGGAUUCGUUAAGGGCAAGUAGGGGAUCAAUUGCUGUCAAUUUGGAUACUGGUGAGCCUGAACAUCAGGAACUUAAUACUGGUGAAACUGGCGCCAGAGAAGAUGGUUUAGCAAUGCCACCAGUGGCUCUCCAAGGUGGGGCUGCUAAUACUCUACAAAACACUACUGGCCGAUCAUCGUUCAAGUCAAGAUUAGGCCUUAUUGCAGGGAGGAAUAUAGUUGCUAGCACUCUCAGAAGGUGGUCAAGUUUUAGUAGCAGUUCUCGCAAUAGUUAGGCAACUAAAUGGAACCAAAGAAACACAUUUAUCUGGUCAUGUUAUUUUGCAUUGUAUUUAUCUACUGCAAUCUCUGUAUUUAAUUUGUGUGCUGUUUGUUGGCUACUCGUUUGAGUGUUCGCAGAUGGUUUUAAGCCGCAUGUUUGAAUGUGCUGAUUACAAUUUAUGCUCAUGCAUACAUUUAUAUCUGAGAUAAAAUGGUGCUAUUUCUUAGUUUUGUAA